AUGUCUUCUUCCAAACUAACAAUAUACAUCAACUCCUCCAAAAAGCCUCCCUCAUUCGCACGAAAUGUAUCCUUCCCAUUGACUAUCCAAGCAUCCCCCGAAGAAACUGUCGGUCAUGUGAAACGAAAGAUUCAAGCAAAGAUCCCAAAAUUUCACCCCUCUCGCCAACGACUUACUCUCAAGCCCACAGGAAACACGAAACCUCCGAGUCUUUCAGACGAGACGAAACUCCAAGACGUGCUCGCGGGACUCGCACCUGGGUCUAGUAAUCUCGAACUAGAAGUGAAAGACCUAGGUCCUCAACUUGGUUGGAAGACUGUUUUUGUUGUGGAAUAUGCCGGUCCACUCCUCAUCCACCCAUUCUUCUACUACCUCCCUCGCCUCUUCUACGGCACAGACGUCACACAUAGUGAUUUACAAAGGCUGGUAUUUACAAUGAUCGAAGCUCAUUUCGCGAAACGGAUUCUAGAAACAUUGUUUGUCCACCGAUUCUCGCAUGGUACGAUGCCUUUCUUCAAUAUCUUCAAAAACUCGGGCCACUACCAUAUCCUCUCCGGUCUAUUCCUCGCCUACGACCUCUACCGACCCAGUUUCUCUGUUUCCUCCACAUACAUCAAAAAUACUUGGAGGAACGACCCUCAAGUCCUUUGGGUAUGCGUCGGUCUUUGGGCGUUCUUUGAACUCUCCAACCUCCUCACACACCUCCACCUCCGUUCUCUCCGUCCCUCCGGUACUAAAAAACGCGCAAUACCCACUGGAUACGGGUUCGGUCUUGUCUCGUGCCCGAAUUAUCUCUUCGAAACGUUGGGUUGGGGUGUGGUUUGUGCGAUGACGGGGAGCUGGGCUGCAUACCUCUUCACAACCGUCGGCACCGGCCAAAUGCUGCUCUGGGCGCUCAAGAAACACGCUGCGUACAAGAAGGAAUUCGGGAAAGCGUACCCGAGGGGGAGGAAGAGUAUGAUUCCGUUUCUUAUUUGAUGGUGCAUACUAGUAGUCUUAGGUGGUAUAUCUAUCUGUCUAUUCUGUCUAUCAAUCUGGUAGGUACCAGUAGGGUGGGGGUGUUGGGAUGUCUCGACAAAAAGGGCGUGGGGUUUUUUGAUUUUCCCUUUAGAUCUUUUUUAGAAGCGAUUGUGCACAUUACUUUCCCUAGUGCUAGGAAGAAUCAUGCAGAUGAUGUCCUAAGUACACCUUGUUACUCAGUCACCGUUCUCUCGGAUUUCUCAGAGUAAGAGAAAUGUGUCAUGACUGUCACAUG